UGUUAUCUCGUUCUAGAAGCUUCUUAGUUAUACUUUGAUAAUUCACCAAUCCUAAAAAAAGGCUAUGGACUUCAAGCUUUUAGCAGCAGGAUUGCGCCAUUGCGGGAAGUUGCAAGCUUUUAACCGUGGGGAAUCAAUUCAAGCUCAUCUUAUCAAACAAGGGAUCUAUCAAAACGUGUUCCUUGCAAAUAACGUGAUCUCGAUGCAAAUUGAUUUCAGGUCGUUGGGCGAUGCACAUAAAGUGUUUGAUGAAAUGACUGACAGAAACAUCGUCACGUGGACGACGAUGGUUUCUGGGUAUACAUGUGAUGGGAAACCCAACAAGGCUAUUGAGUUAUACAGAAGGAUGCUGGAUUCCGAAGCCGAAGUGCCCAACGAGUUUAUGUAUUCCUCGGUUUUGAAAGCUUGUGGUUUAGUGGGUGAUCUUCAGUUGGGUCGUUUAAUUCACGAAAGAAUUUGUAAAGAGAGUCUGAAAGGUGAUGUUGUUUUGAUGAAUGCUGUUUUAGAUAUGUAUGUUAAGAAUGGGAGACUUGUUGAAGCCAAUAACACGUUUUUGGAAAUUUCGCGGCCUAAUUCAACUUCAUGGAACACGCUCAUUUCUGGUUAUUGUAAAGCUGGUUUGAUUGAAGAAGCGGUUAGUUUGUUUGACCGUAUUCCGCAGCCAAAUGCCGUGUCUUGGAACUCUUUGAUCUCGGGAUUUGUCGAUAAAGGUAGUCCUCGUGCGUUGGAAUAUUUAAUUAAGAUGCAUAGAGAAGGACUCGUGCUAGACGGUUUUGCUCUACCAUGUGGCCUUAAAGCUUGCAGCUUUGGUGGCUUAUUAACAAUGGGGAAACAGCUGCACUGCUGUGUCCUAAAGUCGGGUUUGGAGACUAGCUUGUUCGCACUCUCUGCGCUAAUCGAUAUGUACUCAAAUUGUUGUUCUCUAAGUGAUGCGGCUGAUCUUUUUCGUCAGGAAAAAUUGGCCCUCCAUAGUAAUGUCGCUGUUUGGAACUCUAUGCUCUCUGGAUAUUUGAUUAACGAUGAGAAUAAAGAGGCGUUAGGGGUGCUUAUGCAGAUGUAUCAGUCAGAUAUGUGUUUUGAUUCCUACACUCUAAGUGGUGCUUUAAAGAUAUGCAUCAACUUAGACAACUUGAGACUCGGGCUUCAGGUACAUGGUUUAGUUGUAAUCAGUGGUUAUGAGUUGGAUUUCAUCGUAGGAAGUAUUCUUGUUGAUCUACACGCCAACGUUGGGAUUAUACAAGAUGCACAUAAACUUUUUCACAGGCUUCCAAAUAAAGAUAUUAUUGCUUUUUCUGGCCUAAUAAGAGGCUGUUUGAAAGCUGGUUUCAAUUCUUUAGCAUUUGAUCUGUUCAGAGAAUUAAUCAAGUUGGGACUUGAUGCGGACCAGUUCAUCAUCUCGAGUAUUCUCAAAGUCUGUUCAAGUUUAGCGUCGCUUGGAUGGGGCCAGCAGAUCCAUGGGUUGUGUAUAAAGAAAGGUUAUGUAUCAGAACACGUCACAGUGACGGGACUAAUCGAUAUGUAUGUAAAAUGUGGUGAAAUAGACAAUGGUGUAGUGUUAUUUGAUGGUAUGUUGGAAAGAGAUGUUGUCUCUUGGACAGGGAUAAUCGUUGGUUGUGGACAAAACGGACGAGUGAAAGAAGCGAUUCAGUAUUUUCGAGAGAUGAUCGAUUCUGGAGUUGAACCAAAUGAGGUAACUUUUUUCGGGGUUCUUACUGCUUGCAGACAUUCUGGACUGGUUGAAGAAUCAAGAACCAUCCUUGAAUCGAUGAAAUCUGAAUAUGGUCUUGAACCGUAUCUAGAGCACUAUUAUUGCGUAGUUGAUCUUCUUGGUCAAGCUGGGCGGUUCCAAGAGGCGGAAGAGUUGAUCAAGAAAUUGCCGUUUGAGCCCGAUAAAACGAUAUGGAUGUCUCUGCUCACUGCUUGUGGAACUCACAAGAAUGCUGAACUGGUUACUGUAAUUGCUGAGAAAUUGCUCAAGGCUUUUCCUGAAGACCCAUCGGUUUAUACAUCUCUUUCGAAUGUUUAUGCAACAAUUGGUAUGUGGGAUCGGUUAAGUAAAAUGAGAGAAGCUUCUAAGAAAUUUGGGGCAAAAGAAACUGGCAUGAGCUGGAUCGAAUUUGGCUGAAGCAAAGCGUGAAUUGUGUUUGUAUUCUUAUGUAGCAUCAUCUCAAGUACAAGAAGGACAUGUUAGUGAUACUCGAAAUGACAUUGCUGCUUACACUCAUAUAGUCAUAUUCCGUUU